UAAAUAUUAGUUCUAGUCUACUGAUUUGAUUUCGUUUUCAGUUUUAUUUUGCUAUUCCAAAGAUUUGACCUUUUUUGCUCUAAAUUUGGUAGUGAAUUGACAAUUUGAGCACCUUUCGGUGUAGCCAUGUUUGGACAGGGAAAUAGAUUAUUGAAGCAUUCGAGGGGAACUAAAAAGAUAGAGUCUCCAGUUUUCUUUGCAUUGCUGAUUUUGGUGAUACUUGCAUUGGUGCUUUUCUUUGGAAAGAAUGGUGAUAAGUCCACUUUGAUGAUGCCUGAUCUUGAUAGCCAAAAAUGGGAUAGGUUUGACUCAUUGGUUCGAUUAAAUCCGACUGUGGAAUCGAGGAAUGGGACUGAUUUAAUCUGGCAAAUUCCUGACUCACCGAAGGGUGUUCUCUUCUUGGCUCAUGGAUGCAGCGGUAGAGCAGCUAAUUUUUGGGAUAAGUCGCCUAAGUGUCCGAGUUGUGUCGGUUUACCUGAAGAGAGGCUCAUUGUGCUUCAUGCUCUGGCUAGAAAGUUUGCUGUAUUUGCCAUAUCGAGUAAAGGUGAAUGCUGGUCGCUAGGGGAGGAGCGGGGGAUCGUUAAAAGUAUGAUCCGGUGGUGGAUUUCUGAGCAAAAGUUAGACAAGCUGCCUGUAUAUGCAAUGGGUGCCUCCUCUGGUGGAUACUUUGUCUCUGCUCUGGCCGCAGAGUUUCAGUUUCAAGCUAUUGCCGUGAUGAUCGCUGAAGGGGUGUAUAGUCAUUUGGAUAUAACAAAGAAGUAUCCAGCUACACUCUUUGUGCACAUGCCCAAAGAUGAAAAACGAAACCGGAAAAUAGAGAAAUAUCUAGUAGUGAUGAGGGAGAAGGGUAUUGAUGUUGCAGAAAUUAAAUGCAUGGAAUUCCCUUUGACACCUCAGUUUUUUUCCAACAGAAUUCCAGGUCUCAGUCGAAAUUUGUCGGUGAAGUUGUUUAAUGUUUUCCAGGAUAAGGGCUUUAUUGACGAGAACGGUUACAUGAGGGAUGAUGGGCGUGUGAUACCAUGGAAAACAGCAAUUGAGGAGAGAAACAUUUUUCUCCCAAAGAAGUCAUUGGUCAAUCAUAUUCAGGAAGAAAUGAAUCUUGCAUUUGCUUAUCAUGAAAUGACUAGCUUGCAAUCUCAGGAAAUCCUUGACUGGUUUGAAUCUCAUAAGAGAUGAAGAGCAAUCAAUCUGAUUUAUUACCGGCUUCUGUUUCCUCUUGCGGCAAUAGUGUUUGCAGUUUGGAUCACCUGAUUUGAAAAGAGAUGCUGGCAGGCACUAUAUUAAAGAGGAACUCAAAGCUUGGAAGUGCAAUGCAUAAAUCUGGCAAAUUUGAUCGGUCUACCAAUUUUGUUUAGUUGUGCAAACCAGAGUUUUACCCAGUUUAGUACGAAGCUGUGCAUAUUGUAUCUUCCAACAUCAGGCGCUAUAUGUAAUUGUCUUCUGUCAAUGACAUUUUUUCUUCUUGAAUUAUGCAUGGAGAUUUGUACAAUUGACUUGUCGAAAAGCAAAUUCGUAUUGUCGGUCAACUAGCAUAUAAUUUUGUGACCA